GCGGUAGGCGACGAAUAACGCGUCGAUGUGGACGUGGUGGUAAGAAGACAAGUGAAGUCAGAGGUCGAUACCAGGGAUCGCCUCGAUUUGUCAUGCACCAUCAUGAUGACGCCUCUCUCCUCUUGAUAUGGGUACAAGCCAGUCCCUCCCCAAGAUAACGCCGCAGGACCGUGCCAUUCUUGAGUAUGUUCAUUUCUUUCUCUUGCUAUCGACCUCUCAUUAUCGCAGUCUCAAGCUCCAGCGGGACAAAUUGAGGCAGUAUCAGAAGAAGAUCCAGGUCAUUUUGGACAGGGAGCAGGCUAUAGCGAAGGAACAUCUAGCAACGGGUCGCAAGGAUCGAGCUGUCGUUGCAUUACGACGCAGAAAGUACCAGCAGAGUUUGCUGUUGAAGACCGAUGGGCAACUAGAGAACUUGGAACAGCUGGUAUCUUCAAUAGAAUUCUCUCUCAUCGAGGUCUCCGUCGUGCAUGGUCUGAAGCAAGGCAACGACGUUCUGAAGGAGAUCCACAAAGAGCUCAACGUCGAACAGGUGGAGAAGCUCUUAGAAGAGUCUCAUGAAGCUAGGGAGUAUCAAAGGGAAAUCGGAGAACUGUUGGUAAAUGAACUCUCAUUAGACGACGAAGACGCUGUGCAGGCCGAGCUUCUUGAACUACAAGCAGAAGCACUGGGAGUACCCCAAGAGACGCCACCAGCCGCUCUUCCCGAUGCACCAACAACAGAACCAGCUCAGCCCAUUUCCGAAGAUCGUCGGCCAGCAGAGGAGCGCGACAAGGUACUGGUGCCAUCAUAACGAUUUCACGACAAUGUAUAAUAUGCAUACCAUACAUGUACACCCUGUAAAUAAUCCAUACCUAUCUUACACAGGACACCCAUAACACUCACCAACCCUCGAAAUUCCCGAAGCCAAUCUUGCGCUUCUUCUUCACCUCCUCUGUGCCGCCGCCACCGCUGCCUAGGGUUUCACUUGGUCUCUUCGCCGAGUUCAGAUACUUCCCGACGCCCGUCCCACCCCCAGACCCAAAGAUAGUACUAUUCGUACCUACUCGCGUGCCAAACCAGUUAACAUCAUCACCCUCUUUCUUCUCUGGGGCUUUUUGUGAAUUCCCAUUUUGCUCUGUUUCAGCGCGUUUAGCCAACUUCUUCGCCAGCCGCGUUUUGUACUCCUCAAAAGGGUCUUGGUAGCUGUGC